UCCAAGUGGCGCACACGUGUCUUUCUGUCUCUCACACACGUGCACACACAAAUAAAUAGAGGGAGAGGGCCGUGCACGCGCUGUGACACGCGGGACCGCUUGCGUGCACAUUUUUGGGGGCCAAAGACAUGUUAUGGUUAAAUGCUAAUUUUACAGUCGAACCCCGCAUCGCCCACGCGCACUCGCGCACGUGGUAAAAGCCAAGGCUUGAUAAACACGCCGCUGGCAGGCGGCUGCUCAGUGUUCCCACUGACCCCCGCGCUCCAUCCUCGCAGAAGAUGGCACUGGCCGACACGGAGCGCGCGGUGCCCAACUGCGCCGACUCCGGCUCCCCGUUCUCGGAGAUCAUCGAGCUGAACGUCGGCGGACAGGUGUACGUCACACGGCACAAGACGCUGAUCGCGGUCCCGGACUCUCUGCUGUGGAACAUGUUCAGCAAGAAGUCCCCCAAGGAUUUGGCGAGGGACAGCAAAGGGCGCUUCUUCUUGGACCGGGACGGGUUCUUGUUCCGCUACAUCCUAGAUUACCUGCGCGACCUGAACCUGGUCCUGCCGGACUACUUCCCGGAGAAGAGUCGCCUGCAGAGGGAAGCCGACUUCUUCCAGCUGCGGGACCUCGCCAAGCAACUCAGUCCCCGCGUGAGCAAGGACAACUCCAUCGGCGAGGAGAUCGGCCACAGCGACCCGGAGGACGGCGCGCAGCAGAGCGGCCCCUCCGGCGCCGCCGCCGCCGCCGCCGAGACUUUACGCGCCGUGUCGGUCGCCGGGGCGACGCGCUCCCCGUCUCUGGACUCCAGGAAGUCGGGCUACAUCACGAUAGGUUACCGCGGCUCCUACACCAUCGGCAGGGACAUCCAGACCGACGCCAAAUUCCGCAGGGUGGCGCGCAUCACGGUGUGCGGGAAGACGGCCCUGGCCAAAGAGGUGUUCGGGGACACGCUGAACGAGAGCAGAGACCCGGACAGGCCCCCGGAGAGGUACACGUCCCGCUACUACCUCAAGUAUAAUUUCCUAGAGCAGGCGUUCGACAAGCUGACGGAGGUGGGCUUCCACAUGGUGGCCUGCAGCUCCACGGGCACCUGCGCCUACACCAGCAACGACCCAAACGAGGACAAGAUCUGGACGAGCUACACCGAAUAUGUCUUCUGUCGGGAUUAAGCAGCAGCUCGAGUUGAUGUAAAUCGACGUGUCGUAAUCUAGCGGGGAAUGUCUUUUUAAUAUGCGUUUGCUGUGGCCACUGCGUCUUGCUCCAUUACUCUAUCAAUGGCAGCGUUGCCUCUUCUGUUUCCUUCUUCUUUUUGUUUAAGCCAGAGACACAAAAUGCCACUAAAAGAAUCCACACAAACGAGUGAGGAUUGUGAUCUGGACGCUCAUCGUUUGAGCCCGAAAGACCCACAGCAAGCAGGAAACAAACGCAACCAACUUGCCGUCAUCUCACAGGACUGGAUAUGAAUGUUCAGUCAAGUGUGACUCGGUGCUGUGGGAGUUGAGCAGAGUGCAAGAAGGAGCAGCUAUCAGUAUUCAGUGCCAUUGUAAGUUGUGUGCUCGAUCACAUGUCUUGUAUCAUCUUCUCAUGCAUCCAUCCGUGUUCUGUCACUGACAUGACUGUACGUGUAUCUGCUUGCUCGGUAGAGUUGUGUUUGUUAAAAAAAAAAAACUCUGCAGGUGAAAUAAAAUCUUGUACUUGACUAUUGUCGGCACCCAUGACCUUUUCAACUUUGCUCAGUGGGGAUUCAAAGAGUCAGAUGCCCGCAGCCCGCACGGCACUGACGGCUGCCAGCUCAACAAAAUCUGCUGCCCCAGCAGCCCCUCAAAUCCCUCAAACCACAUCCAUUCAGCUCACACAGGCAGGAAAACCUCCACGCUUGAGUGUAGUCUUGCAUGUAAUUACUGUAGGAGAAAUACUUAUCUGUGUUUUUGUCACACAAAUUCAGCGCUGAUGCAAAUGUUGCAGCUGCAAACACAUGAUGUCAUUAUCAUUUCAAGUGUCGAUAAUGAAAGGGUCCAGCUGCACACGGGUCUGCCAGGCCGACUGAAUGCAGAGGGGAUUUGGUGCACCUCUUGUUGCAAGAGCAGCGUUCUGCCCGGUGUACAGCCAGCGCUGGAUUAUGUUUCAUCCACACGACAAAGAGGCCUUUCCUUUAGAGCCAUGGGUGGGGAAGUGGUUCACGGACCAGGGGCAGUGAUGUAAGCCCCGGCAGGGAUCCAGGGACAUCCUUUUAGUGGGACAGUCCUCGGGUUUCUUGUCGGUCUGGUUUAAUUUGGCCUUGAAAGUGUUUUUUUGGAGGUAGAGCCUUGUGAUGGGGAUCAGUUUGGGGAUCGUUGUGGACACACAGAUUCAAAAGGAGUUCACUCCAAUCAUUCAGGGCGACGAUUCGAUUGGCACGUCAGAGCACAGGGGUAAAAUAUGCUGUCACGAUGGUUUGAUUCCAUUUAGAUUCCUCCGUUUCAGGGUCCUGGUGCUGCGAUGCUCGAUGGGACGCUUCCAGUGCAGAGCCAUAUUUUGUGUUUUUAGUAAUAGCUGCUUUCAAUGCAAUAUCAAAAUAUCUGGUUUCCAUAAGAAGCAGCCCGUCUCAAUGGUUUGAAAUGGACAUGAGCUUUGAGUCUAGAGAUAAAGUCCCAUCAUAGCUAUUUGUGCAAGAUCAAGCUCCUCUGGCAAGUUCAUAAUGCACAAUUGCACAAAUGCAUUGUUAUUUAAAGUUGGCUCUAUCACGUGUUUUCAGUGUUUUCAGCAAAAAAAGCUCAGAUUUGAUGGUGGCCUCUUUGAGUUGAACCCACAAAAUCGUGUGGCAGUCUAAAUAAUGGACACGGGCGACACACCGCCAGCAGAGCAGACCUUGAUGCUUCAUUGAAAUGUAUAGAAAUAAACCGACGUUCACUGGACUAAAUGCAGGGGACCCCCCCCCAUCAUGCCUCUGCCCACUCCAACGUGUGCAGCGAAGGCUGCCGUUUCUCGCUGAGCAACAUCCCUCAAGCUGUUGCGACACAUGCAGAUGUAAUCCCGCUGUGCACUCGUAGAAAUGAGUACAUUCCAUCUGGUUUGGAAGGAGCAGGAUUAAUUAUCUGUGAUUAAAAUGUAAUGAUGAGAGGCACAAACGAGAGAUUACUGCAUUUAUAGGAUUCUUUACAUUCAGGCUGGGAUCCAGCUGUUUCUUCAGUGUUCAGACUCAUGUAUUUAUAACCCAGUCACGGAUUCAUGAAGGUCAUUUCAAUGUAACCCCUCAUUGACCUGCCAUUUGUUUUGAGAAGCAUUGUGAAAAAAAACAAACAAACAACAGAACAACAAUUAUGACUCUUAUUGAAUUGUAGGAAGUAGAAAUAAUAAUAACUGCUUUUACAAUUCACAGAACAAGAUAGUGAACACAAAUGAGUUGGCGACAGUUGCCUGAAAUCCCGCUGCUGCAGGGCGGCAAUGUCUGAAUUCCAUCUUGUUCGGGAUCAAAGCCGCCUUCAUUAGCACAUCACAACAGUAACUCCGGUCCAAAGGCGUCAUUACUCUAUGAUGUAAUUCUGAGUCAGGAAUACAUUUUAAACUGGACUUCAAGGCGGGCUGGGCGGGGGGAUGUAAAUCAGUCCGUGCUUAUGAGAGGAUCGCUCUCACUUUGAUGCAAUCAGAUGAUCCAUGAGAAAAAUCUUUUCAGUUUAGAUCACAAUCUGCUUUGACGGUUAAAGGUUAAAGGUACACUUGGAUGUUUUGUGGUAAAAUAACACUUCAUCACGCUGUGUACCUGCAUCCCUCCCACGUCACACUUGAGUGACGGCUCAGGGGCAUCCAGGGGAACAUUAAGGUAACAUGACGGGCACACGGGGGGCAUGCUGGGAAAAAGGAAAUGACCUCUGACUAUUUAUGAGUUAAAAACUCAAAGUAGGCUUCAACAGCAUACACACACCAUAACACCACAUGAACAUAUAAAACAUACAAUCUAUCAGCAUAAAUGAUUGUGAUAUUUGGGUGGAGGAAGUUUCACAGUCCUGGAAUUCAGCACCAGUAUUGUUGUAUAAUGUAAAUAUUAUCUGCAGUUGGACCACAAGAAGGCACAGAGGAGCUUGA